UGUAACAGAUGCACUAACAACGCGAAAGUGACAGUGUCGAACGUUUAUUUCCUAUACUAUGGGGUGUGAUCUUAAAGUUUCGUUUCACUAAAGAAGAAAGAAACGAAAAAUUAUUUUACCAGUUUGAGUAACACAUAACGAUCUACGAUGAAUGUGUUAGCCUUAUCGUACCUCAUGGUACAAGCAGUUGCCAUUUGUGGAUGGCCGAUAAGGGAGCCAAUUCUCAUAUACCAGAAUGAAAAAGGGAAUAGAAAACUAAUGUGCGUGUCAGAGGAUGAUGGUAGCGGUUUAUCCUGGAACAUAGAUAGGGACAUAUUUGAUAGUACAUCUAAGUUCCAAUUUCACAAUACGUACAAAGGAAGGGAGAUAGAUUGUGAUCUAACUUCGCAUAAUAAUUGCAUGUUAACGUGGAAGACCGAAGGUUGGCAUCUAACAGAUUCCAAAGAAACACCCAUGGGUCCAGUGUUUGAUCGUCAAUGGGAAGAUUUCAGAGAAUACGGUCGUUUUUAUACACCACACGAUGUCCAUUCGAUUACUGAAUUACAAAGUUCGGGAGCUUUUGCAUUCUCUCUCCGUGGUUGUGAUACGUACUUCACGAUACUACUAUGUCGCUCUACAAAUUACAAGAAAGAUUUAUGUUAUAAGAUGACUUUCGAAAAACCUGAAUCGACAUUUAAUUAUAUAACAACGGAAUGUACAGUGGGUUCGUCCAGCUGUGAUGAGAAAACAUACCACAUAGUGCCAAGUCCAAUAUGUUCCCGGGACGAGUGGAAUACACAUAUUCUUAAGUGGACUACAUAUGAUACAAAAAUUGCUAUAAACUUUUAUACUACGACAAAUCGGAACACCGAUCCACCAAAAUUACUUAUGGAUUACCGUCAUGAUAAUAAAGAGCGAGAUCCAGCUAUUUCCUAUCACUUAUUUUUAAUAAGUGAUAAAAAUAUGCAUUUUCGAUUUCAUUUAUACAAUUUUCUCCAUACAACCGAUUCAAAAGCAAUUUUAACGAGUCCUACUUUACAUCUGGACACAGCGAAUCUUUGUAUAGAAAUGAUAGUUGGCCUGUGUGGGGAAUGUGAAAUGGAAAUAGCGUUAGUCAAAUCAUCUAACGAAAGUAACAAGGAAAGUUUAGAAACAACCGAUGGAUUUACAAGAAUUGAUAGCUAUAAAUUACCCAUGUGGCAAUAUAUUCGAAUUAACAAGACUGUUUCUUCCGACAUUGGUAGACUUGUAAAACUUAAACUAAUACCAAAACUUAGGCAGAAAAGUCAGAGACCAUCGUGGGCUGUGAGAAAUGUUCGCAUGUGUCCUCCAGUAGAUGCUAUACGAUAUAGUGUAAUCGAUAAUUUCGAAUCAAUCUUUUCUAACAAACUGUGUCAAAAACUGAUACCUUACACGCCGAACUACUUGCUGGACACAAAGGAUCUCGUAGAGAAUUUGCAUUGCCCCGAGGGCAACGUGGGGCCCUAUUGUUCUAUAAGUUGCCAAGAUCAUUUAAACGUCAGUGUGGACUGCAAAGGAAUUAAAAUUUGCGACGCAACGAAUUGUAAAUGUCCACCAGGAUUUAUGGGGAGGAAUUGCGAAGCUAAAUGUCCUAUCGGUCAAUAUGGAUAUAAUUGCAAGGAAAGCUGCGGUUUGUGUUCUACAGGCAAUUGCAGUUUUAUAACGGGACACUGUAAAUCUGGUUGCGAUAAUUCCAUACGAUAUCACGUGCCACCCUUUUGUAAAAUAGCCGUGGACUAUCCUCCACCACCUAACAUCGAAUUUGUCAAUGAAACAACCGUGCGCGCGACUCUGCCAAUGCUAGACAUGUACAAGUUGAUAAUUUCUAGAUAUCGAUUUGCUAUAUGGAAAGAGGGGCAGACUCAUCCGAUUGGGAGCUAUACCGAGAUAUUUAACGAUACAUCAACGAUGGUUGGUUACACCGAUGACUUAGAACCCGGCGUUUCUUACAGAAUUUCUUGUUCAUUGUACGUUAACGAAGAUUCCACGCCUAUAACCGGUGGAUGGAAGAAUUUCACAACACGUUGCAUUUGGGCUCCCACAUUCGACAUAGAAAUAAGGAAUACUAGUUUCAUAUUGAAGAACCAUCGAGAAGAAACGUUGUAUCCUUGCCCAAAUAGUACACGGCAUUACGACUACCUGUUGACAAUAAAGAAAACACUGAAACAAAUUGAUAAAGGAAAGCUACCCGAAUUGCCCUACGAAUUUACAGAACUGACACCUGAUACUAGUUACGAAAUUACGAUCUGGUAUGAAUCGGAGCUUCUUUUUGCACGAGUGAUUCAGACCUCUGACGGAGUACCGUCACAAGUAAGGAAUGUUAAAAAGACAUUGUUAUCGAACAAGGAAGUGGCACUGAAAUGGGAUCCUCCUCUAUACGCAAAUGGGAUCAUAAGGAAAUACGAAGUUGUGUUACAGGUCCAAACAUACUUCGGCUGUGAAAAUUUGAAAAUUCAAUCGCUAAAAAGAGACACUGUUUCUGCCUCUACUACGUCCACCAAUAUCACGUUCUCUAAUCUGACUUCUUACGCGCGUUAUGUUGGAAAAAUAACAGCCUACACUUUUUAUCGUGGCCUAGAAACGCAAGUCGAGUUCUCUACGAAUCAGUCGGUCACUCCAAGCGCAGUGUACAGCAAUUUAAGAUUUCAAGAUUAUACAUUGACAUGGGAUGCCCCGAUAGAUUGCACUACCAUUUCCGGUCCUAUCGUCGCAAAGAUUCUGGUCACUGGUAUUAGCAAAGCGGUAUCGAGUUUCAGAACCACGGAGCAAACUGUGAAAUACUCCCUCAACUUGGAACGUACGUUAUAUGGUGACGAAGUGUACGAGGCGCGAAUUUACGCUAUCAGAAAUUACACUAUGGAAUACAACGGAUUGCAUUACGAGAAGAUUAUUUUUAUUACUCCAGCGAAAGCCCCGCCGUCCGUAAAGCAAUUAGAAAUCUAUGAAAUCGACUGGAAAUCGAAGAACGUGCACUUAAGGUGGCUAAAGCUAGAACCACCGACUAAUGGAGAAAUACGACAUUACAUAGUAAGCAUUUGCCAUAUGAAUUGCGAGGUCAAAUUGAAGAUACUGCCAACGGAGUAUUGCAAACUGUGGGAUAAAUACAUCUGCGCAAUCAUCGAUCAGUCCCAUCAACCAGCUGAUUUCAUUACGGUUUCGGCUGUGAAUGUAAAUGUGUCAACUCCUAGCCCGUUAUCAUCCGUAUCGAUUAUGUGGAACGAGAUUAAGCCAGAAGCGCCGGAAAUUAUCGUCGAAGCUCUCGAGAAAGGAGCGGUGAAUCUAACCUGGUCCCACCCUUGGAAAACAAAUGGGCGUAUCCAGAAAUUCGUGAUAAGCGCGGAAAUGACAUCGUCCGAUCUGAGAAUGCUAAUUGAACGAUCAGAAAAAAGCACGCUUUAUGAAUAUCAUGUCGUAGAAUAUCAAUUACAGUACAACAAGAAACUGCAUCUAUUGCCCUCGUCUACUUACAAAAUUUCCAUUCGAGCUGUUACGAAUACAGAGACGUAUGGCGAGAGAAAAGUGAUAGACGUGAAUACGUCUUUAGCCAUGCGAUUCGAGAGAGAGUUAACGAUGGAAGUGUCUAACGCAGACUCGACGAUCUUGUUGCACAUUCCUGCCGUUCUGAACGACACACGCCAUAGUAUAACAAACGUUGUCGUAAAAGGUUCACAGGCUUGUCAAAGUUACGUAGAAUUGAGUCCAUAUAUACGUCAGAAAGCGGAUAUCAAAUCUAACGAGAUCGCGUGGUAUGCCGCCAGGUUUUCUACCGACGAGUUUGCCAAUAAAGAAUUCACGAUAGGGGAUAACAAGCUUUACGGUAAUGUCACAAAUUGUCCACUAAAGCCACUCCAGUCCUACGUAAUAGUGGUUAUUGUAUUACCCGAAGAAGGAUGGACGAGCGAUCAGAUUCUAGUCGUAAAAACAACGUCGAUUUAUAUCCGUGAAGUACCGAAGCGAUACGACGAGGCGUGGCUUAUUGCUAUCAUUGCGAUAUUUCUUGCCAUUGGGAUUUUAGAAAUCUUUCGUGUUUGUCGAAGGUAUGAUCAACUUUUCUCCCGAUAUUUACGGACAGAUUCGUUAUUCGCAAUUUGUUGCGUUCCUCUCAGAAGACGAAGGAGAUCUUUGAAGAAGCUUAUCGUACAAGAGAAAAUAUCCUUCGUACAGAAAACCGGAAAUCUCGAUAUGGAGUCAAUGUCGUUGGGCUCUAAACAAUUUUCAACUAAUACGCUCGCUUCGAAUGCUAAACACUGUAUAUCGCGUGGAAGCACACCUUGCGGUGACGGCGACACGGUGCACAUCAUCGACGCUGAUCAGAGAGAAGAACAAAUGUCUCUGAUAAAGGUGGAGGACUUGGAGGAUUACGUGAAGCGGGCGAUAGAUUCUGGAUUGCUCGAUAGACAAUUCGAUAUGCUCCCAAGAGGUCAAACGAGCCCGUCUGAGUACGGGAUGUUACCGCAGAACAAAUCGAAGAAUCGAUACGGAAAUCUCAUAGCAUACGAUGCAAAUCGAGUGGUACUGGAAAAACUUCCAGACGAUCCUUAUUCGGAUUAUAUUAACGCCACUUACAUCAAGGGCUGCAAAGAGAAGUUUUACAUAGCUACGCAAGGUCCAAAGCCGAACACGGUCGUCGAUUUCUGGAGAAUGAUCUGGCAAAAAGAAAGCUACAUAAUUUGCAUGGUUACGAACUUAUCCGAAGAAGGAAAGACAAAAUGCGAACAGUAUUGGCCUGACACUGGGAAAAGGAAAACGUACGGCGAUAUAACUGUUUUGAACGCAAGGCAGGAUGUGUUCGCACAUUUUACAUUUCGUACCCUAUACGUGACGUAUAGAGACGAAGCCCGUAAGAUCCAGCACUUGCACUACACAACAUGGCCAGAUCAUGACAUACCGUUGUCCACACAUUCUAUGGUAACAUAUCUAAAGAAACUCUUGAUAACACCACCCGGAAAUGGACCAGUGGUGGUUCACUGCAGCGCAGGCGUCGGAAGAACUGGAAUUGUAAUUUUAUGCGACAUUUGCCUUCGUCGUGCGAUCGCAGAAGGGGCUGUAGACGUGUUCGCCGAAAUGAAGGCUCUCAGGUCUCAGCGGCCCAAUAUGGUAAACAACAAGCAACAGUAUUUGUUUGCCCAUUUAGUACUCGUCGAAUGUCUACUUUGUUCUUCAACAUCUUUACCAUGCGACGAAUCUCUACCACUCAAAAUUAAGAAAGUUAAAGAACAACUGGUGACUCAACGAGACAGUUUAGAGAAAAUGGCUUGGCACGACAAAGUCCUUCGAUCACCGAUCAAUCAAACGUUGCUAUCGGAACGCAAUCUUGCCAAAAGGAGAUUCCCAGAGUUACUUCCAGCGAAAGUCAACAGAGUGUAUUUAAAAAGAUAUCCCCCGACAGAUGAGAACAGCGAUUACAUAUCCGCUGUUUAUGUGGACGGUGUAAAAUUACAGAAUCAGUAUAUAGCUACGCAACUACCACUGCCUGGGACAUUCAGCGAUUUCUGGAGAAUGGUAGCCGAGUAUAAGGUGGAGCUAAUCAUCAUGUUACAAUCGCCAGAUUUGGAAGAUACGACGUGCUGUCCCAUUGUUAGAAACGGUGAAUUUAAACCAGUACCAUAUAUAAACAUUCGAACGAAGGAACUCGAUGAAUUUGAGCACUACAUAUUGCAGAAGUUAACACUCGUCGAUAAUUCGGAGAAACCUGCUAUCGAACAAGAGAUAACAAUCUUGUGCUCCACGGAAUGGCAACCUGGCAGAAACCAAGAUCCACCUGAAACCAUAGCGUUAGUGACAUUGUGGCAAGCAGUGCAAAAAAUGUUAAAAGGAGACGGACCUAUCGCUGUUCUUUGCCACGACGGCGUAACUGGCUGUGGACUUUACCUAGCCUUAAGUUUCCUUUUGGAGAGAAUGACUAUAGAAAAGGAAUGCGACGUUUGUUUGGCGAUUCGCGCGAUUGGAACAUUGAACCCCGAUUUUAUCAAAUCUUCGGAACAUAUGAAAUACCUGUACGAUGCAGCCACGGUAUAUUUAAAGUACUUGGAAACCUAUGCGAAGCGUGAAUAGCCUUACCAUUUAAUCGAACACAGUAGAUUCGAUUUGUUACAUAAAUCAACUCGAGUAACUUCUAAAAGUCGUAACCGCUUUCCUAACAUGUGUAUCGUUCAAACUAUAAAUUACAUCACUGUGUAAUUACUUAAUACUAAAAAGUCCUGUCUUUUAAUUUUCACAUUUUCACAUACUUUAGU